AUGACUAGCACUCUCAGGCUGAACGAUCUCCAUGGCCAUGGAAUUCCAAUUAAGGUUCGCCGAGCUGGCAUGCUGGUCGACCGCCACGGAAUUCUAGUUUAUAGACUCAAAGACGACGACACGUACGACUACGGGACGUACGACGUCAUCACGGUCUCUCCGGGGUUGGCCUCUUCAAAGAGCCAAGUUCGUCGCUUGCCUCGAGAUGAGUGGGCCAAAUCAUGGUUGGGUGAUCCUGCAAAAGUGCAGUACACAGAAUUUCCGGGUAGAAACACGUACGAUCAUGAUGAAAUAGCCAAACGAGCUGAACUGGCAUUAGCUCAAAAGAACCGUGGAUUCUACUGUCCAGGAUUUAACAGCGACAAGCACUUCGUUGAAAGAAUGGCUGUAAAGCUCGAACGCCGUGAAUGGUACAAAUCGCCAUCAGAAGUGGUCACCGAUAAAGCCAUUCCCAAGGUGCGCGUCCUCAGUCCACAUCUCGAACUCGAAGUUGGUGAUGUUGUUUACGUUUUGAGAAAAUACUUCUUAGGUUUCCAUAUCUACAGUCACGUAGGAGUGGUCCGCUCUAUCAAGGAAUCUGAGAUACAAAUAUUUCAUUUCAAUAAAGAUCCGCCGCAAUCUGCCAAGCAAACAGAAGACCAAGACUUACCAACUUCAACGCUCAACAAAGCCCAGCCAAAGGGCUACCUUCACACUACUUCUCUAGAAGAUUUUUGCACACCACCCGGGAAUGUCAUGGACUAUGGACUGUACCGUGCAGUAUUUAUGGAAGGUACAACGCGCAGCAAGGAAGAAAUUCUAAAGCGCAUUGAACGAUUUGAAGAAGGAGAUCCGGAUAUAUUUCACAAAUGGGCUGGCUUGAAUCCUGAAACGUCGCCUCACCUCGAAGGGGCGUAUCAUAUACUAAAGCGAAACUGCGAAACUGUUAUGCUACGACUUGUAAGAGCUGAAGGUUUACAUCCUAUGUCAGCUCAAGUAGAGGAGUACGCACACAAGGGAACCGUUGGAACUUUCAAGCUUUCAUCUGCUACAUGCAAAGAUGCUCUAAUCUGGGCAGCCAAAGGUCCCGCACGACUUGCUGUGCGACGACUUGCUGCGGAUAACUCAGCUUUAACGGUAGGGAUACCGCAGCUAGUAGCAGGAAACAUCGCAGGCGGAAUUGCAGCAGGUUUGGAAUUCGUUUUGCUGGUAGGAACUCUCAUAUAUAACUGGGUGGAUAAAGAGAAAUUAUCAAAGGAAGAGUACAAGCUCUUACAGAAAAUUGCAGUAGCAGAAUUUGGUGUAGGAAUGGGCGGAGCAGCUCUUAUCUUUGGAACAACAGCUGGAUUUGGAUGCCUUGGAGGUCCUCCUGGCAUUGCUGCUGGUGUGCUUACAGGAAUAGCCAUCAUGGCAGCGACAUAUUUUCUCAAGAGACGAGUACGAGCAUACUUGUUUGGGAACGGAAUCAAGAAUCAUACCUCAGAGAAAGUGCCCAUAGCAGAAGAGGCAGGGUCAUCACUCGAGAACACCGUGCUAAUUCCCAACGAGCUUAACCAAAAGGUAAUAACUGAGCAUGCUGACAAGUUUCCCAAGCAAGAAGCUCCUUUGCCACCCACCGAUCCACAAGAAGACCAACAGUAUCACUUUAUUAAAGUCUGGCAUGACGACGAAACAGGCAAACUGAUGGGAAAAGAAAUUUAAGAAGACUCAAAUUGAUAGUCUGAGUGGAAUGUUAUAUACACAUUCCGAUAACUGGUUGACAUCACCGCUAAUGUUUUGUCUUUUUAUAUAUUAGCCUUGGCUAUAUGUAUUCGCUUGACUGUACAUUGGACCUCUCAUUUUGACAGUAGAAAUCAAUUAAAUUUGCUAGUUUCAGUAGCA